GUUAUUAGGGGUUGAGUACGUUUCAAACUGUCAGAAAUAGGCUAGAAAAGUUUCCUCUGGUUGAGUUCAGGUGGACAAUUGUGUAGGAAAAUCCUGCGGACGAAGAAAGUACGAUGUCAUCAGAUGAACAGGAAUCAGUUAGCCCACUCUUACCCAAAGACUCCGAUCAUGGUAGUUCUGUCUCCUCAGACUUACAGGAUGAGUAUGAAGAACUACUUCGCUACGCAGUAGUUACGCCCAAGUUUGAACCUGCUGUCUUAAGGCAAUCACUGGAUGCUUCCUUGCCUAUGGCAAAUGAGAGAAUUGCAGGAUUAAUAGAAGAUGUUCCAAUACAACACUCUGCAGUUGAAGAGAUGCCUUUAAGAAUUCCAACCGAGUGCAAUCAGGAAACUGCCUCAGGUUCUCAGUCACUUCACCAGUCAACGAAGACUCCAUCAUCACCAAGGGUUUUAACUGCUUCUCCAGACCUUCCACCUACUGUCAUUAAUGAUAUGUCUGUUUCUGAGGAUAACAUUCAUAUCCUUGAAAGCGUAUUGGAUAAUUGGAGUUGCAAACUUAAGACCCAUGUCCUAAUGGAAGUGAUGAAAUGGAAGCAGUCUAUUCAUGAACAAUACAAACUGGAACUGAGAAAAGAGAAGGAAAGGAAUGCUGCCCAUGAAGCCCAGCUAGCUAAUGAAGCCGAUAACCUAAAGCAGCUUCUGCAUUCUUAUGAAACAUCACUCCUGAGAAAAGAUGAGGUAAUUUCUCAUUUGAUGUCUGGAUUAGAGAAGCAGCGGAAAAAGUUGGAGCUUAUGAGAAGAUUUUCACACUGGAGAAUUCAACAAAGUAGGGCCAGAGAGGAGGCUUAUGCAAAUAAUUUAGCUGAUCGAUAUCGCAGAUUAGUGCAACUGAAAAAGCCAUGGAUGGCAUGGCAGACUGUCCUUGAAGAGAAAUGGAAAGACAGAGUGGAGCGUGCAUGUCAAGCUAGAGCCGAAGAAGUCUGUCUCCAGCUGUCAACCGAUUAUGAAGGGAGAAUUGCUGAACUUUCUGAUACUCUGGAAAAGGCAAGACGUGAGAUCCAAAGGCUGCAUUCGGAAAGAGAACGAUAUGAAGAAUCCAUGAAAAGGGCAUUCAUGCGUGGGGUGUGUGCGUUGAAUAUGGAGGCUUUAAGCAUGUUUAAUGGGAGAGAGUCUAGAGCUGAGCAUGAACAGCCUUCUAGAAGGGAAGAACCAUGUUCCAGCCAGUCGGUCCAUUUUCACCUUCAAGGUGCACCCACAGCAACGCCCUUCAGUCCGGUUCACUUUGAGUCUUCUACCACUCCAACCGCAGCUCCCAGUGAAGCUGAAGAGAUGUUUAGUUCCCAUGUUGGACCUAGCAGCGUCUUACCAAGAUCUUCAGAAGGGGUUUCGUCUACCCUCUUCACUCGGGGCUCAGCACCAGCACCUACCUCCACAUCGGCACAAGCGCUGCCUCCCACUCGCAUAGUGACAUCAGUGAAACAGAAAGCAGGGAAGACGAUCAGAGCCCGAAUCACGGGUCGAUCAGACCACGGCCCAAAGGCUAGUAGAGUUGCCGCAAAUCUUCGACCUGGGACUACAGCCCCAUCUAUGAGCUCAGUUAUUGUGGAGCGCCACCUACCCUCUAAUCAGCCAACAGUUGACCAGGCGCCAGCAGCUCCCUUACCCCAAAUGGCGGCCGCCUCGGGAAAGGCUUUGGGACACGGCGGAAGAACGCAAAACUCCUCAGCAAAUGUGCAGGCCAUAAAAUUAGUUGAGUAAAUCUUGAAGCUUUACGAGUGUCGAGUAAGGGACCCGUUCAGUCUUGGCUACGUAUCAGAAAAGUUCUAAUCUUUCUGCGUUGGAGAAAUUGCUUUGAAUGUAGACCAAUUAUGACUUUUUUUUCCCCUCUAAAGUAUCAGGUUUUUAUGGUAUUGUUAAUGUAUUUACUUAAUUAAAUCUUGUAAAUAUAACACAAUCAUUUUAUUUUGUAUUAAUCACCAUGAAUUACUUAUUUUUGUAUAUUUUGGAAUUAUUUAUAAAUGACUGUAAGAUCUUCUGUAAACCUCUUGUAAGCACAAAUGGCGAACCCUUUAAGUGUUUUUAAUAAAUUAUUUGUAUUUCCUGUUUUAA